GGCCCUGCGGAGCUCCGGGUGGCCCCGGGCUCCGCCGCGCCGCCGAGCGAGCGAGCGAUGGGCAACACGGUGCACAAGACCCUGGCAGACACAAGCCACCAGACCCGCUCCGUCUCCAGCCGCCCGUACUACAGUCUGCCCAACAGCAGCCAUGAGAGGCGCUCGGUCCUCGCCAUCACGGAGCCGCCGCGUUUCCACUCCCAAGCCAAAGGCAAGAACGUGCGCCUGGACGUUCACUCCCGCAAGGCCACGCGGAGGAACAGCUUCUGCAAUGGGGUCACCUUCACCAACCGGCCCAUCCACCUCUACGAGAAGGUCCGGCUGAAGCUGGUGGCUGUGCACCACGGCUGGAGCGGGGCCUUGCGCUUCGGCUUCACCAUCCACGACCCGUCGCAGAUGAGCUCUGACGAGAUACCAAAGUAUGCCUGCCCAGACCUGGUGACCCGUCCCGGAUACUGGGCCAAAGCUUUGCCAGAGAGGUUCGCUGUGAGGGACAAUAUCUUGGCCUUCUGGGUUGAUCGUCAUGGGAGAGUCUUCUACAGUAUUAAUGAUGAGGAGCCAAUACUGUUUCACUGUGGUAUUAAAGUUUCCGGUCCCCUUUGGGCACUCAUAGAUGUCUACGGGAUUACCCAUGAAGUGCAGAUACUAGACAGCAUGUUUGCAGAGACCAUGACCACUGCCCGGCUCAGCACUGCCCGGCUCAGCACUUGCCUUCCGCAGAGCAACCACGACUCAGCCAACUUCAACAACAACGAACUAGAGAACAACCAAGUGGUGGCCAAAAUUGCAAACCUAAACCUAAGCCGGGUACCAGGACUUGCGACAGACAACCACAUCAUCCCCUGCUGCCCAAACCGGCGGCAUCAUGCGCAGGGGGUCCCGGCCUUCCUGGACACAGACCUGCGGUUCCACCCCACCCGCGGCCCUGACAUCACCUUUUCUCAGGACCGGAUGGUUGCGUGCACCAACUGGCAGGAAAGCAAUAGGACUUUGGUGUUUUCUGACCGGCCUUUGCACAUUGGUGAAAGCCUCUUUGUGGAAGUAGGACACCUUGGGUUGCCAUACUACGGGGCCCUUUCGUUUGGCAUCACUUCUUGUGAUCCGAGUACUUUACGGACAAACGAGCUCCCAGCAGAUCCAGACUUUCUCUUGGACCGCAAAGAGUACUGGGUGGUUUACCGAGCGUUCCCGGUCCUCAACAACGGCGACAUUCUCAGCUUCAUGGUCUUGCCGAAUGGAGAGGUGCACCACGGGGUGAAUGGAGCCAGCCGAGGAAUGUUGAUGUGUGUGGACACCUCACAGUCUCUCUGGGUGUUUUUUACAAUCCAUGGUGUAAUCAACCAGCUCAAAAUACUGGGCACGGUGCAGUCCAGCCCGGUGACCGUCUCGCCCUCAGGAUCCCCCGGCGGCUCCCAGUACGACAGCGACUCGGACAUGGCCUUCAGCGUCAACAGGUCGUCAUCGGCUUCAGAGUCAUCGCUGGUGACUGCUCCAAGCUCCCCCUUGAGCCCCCCCAUCUCUCCUGUCUUCCCCCCUCCGGAGCCAUCCAGCAGCAAGAACGGGGAGUGCACCGUUUGCUUUGACAGCGAGGUGGACACGGUGAUCUACACCUGCGGACACAUGUGCCUCUGCAACACCUGCGGUCUUAAGCUGAAGAAGCAGCUCAACGCCUGCUGCCCAAUCUGCCGACGGGUCAUCAAAGAUGUUAUUAAAAUAUACCGCCCUUAGCGCCCGCCUCGGGCUGUAGGAAGGGGAACGCCGCUAGCAGUAACCACGCCUUUCCGUCCCUGCUUAUGGGUUAUCGUGCUGGUCAGUCGUUAUCAAGUGGCUCGUUAUCUGUGUUUCCUUAUUUGACAGGUAGGGCACAAUUCAGGGAUAAAAUUGAGCUGAGGAUCGUGUAGGGCCCAAAGGCACGGCCAGGCUGUGUGCCCACAGGUGAAUCCGGGGAAUCGCGGUCUGCACCUAACCCAGCUGCAAAUGAGAAAUUUCCCGUGCAAAGGUUCUUUUUUCCCUCUUCCUGCUCCGGAGGAGGCUUGCUGUGGUGUGGAUCUGCAAGGGGAGGUUGCCAUUUGGUCAGUGCCAGGUGCCACUGGGCUUCCUGACCCCAAAACCUGAACAGCUCUGGGCUGCUGCCAAGUGCUUUUGCUGUGGUGGAACAAAAUAAGCGGGAGGGUUCAAAGUGGACAAAACUGAUCUGGAAAUGCCCUAUUCAUCCGUGUAAGGAGAACUAGCUAAAGCCAAAUAGUAGCACAGCCAGAUUCUCACUUGUUUGGGUUCCGUCCCCGUGAACAGGUUUAUGGGGUACAUGGAAAAGCCAGUCUGGACUUAGAUAAAUCAGCUUUUGCUUUCUGUGGCAGAGCAGGGACUUUCUGGCCAGGGAAGCUGAGACCUGAAGAGCUGCCAUGGGGUAGCCCACUGAGAGCCCAGCCAGCCCCAGCAGUGGGCAGCUAUGAGGAGCGACCCAGGCCUGAUUAAGCCAUAAUUUGCAGCCUAUGGAUGAGAUGAGUGUUUGGGUGGGAACACUGCAAUCCUGGCUGUGAUGGUGUUUGCCAUCUCCAGGCACACACACACCUGCAUUCUGCUCUGCCCUCUUGGCAGGUGGCACAGCUGCCAUGUUACCCCAUCCUGCCUGGCUAGACCUGUCCUAGACCUUCCCCUGCAGCCAGUGCCAUGGCAGGGCUCAGCUUUCCUCCUGCCCCACCAUGGAGGCUUUUUGGAGCCUGUGGUGAGAAAUUAAUUUCUGACCCAGUCCCAGCAGGCUCACCUUUUUUUCUGACGACUCUGUAUGUGCUGAUCUUACCUACUUGCUCUUCUGCCUUUCCAGGUUUUCCAGCACAGCUGGGUCUCAACAGUAGAUGAGAACUUGUUGAGAAAAACAGGGAUCUAACUCACUUGGCUUUACUUAGGAGUAGGAAAGAAAAAGGCUCUGGGGCUAUUAGUAGAUAUUGGGACUUUAAAGGUAAAUGGGUUUCAGAUGUGAUAAUACAGCUCAGGCAG